AUGUCUCAAGCUCAACUCCAAUCUGAUCCUCUUAAUCAAGAUCUUGCAAGUAGAGAAAGAGACUAUGUCUAUGAGUAUGUCAGACUUGCAAAAUUUGAAGAAUCUGCUGUUAAUCAAAAGUCUAGAAUCCAAUGGCUGAAUUUAGGAGAUACUAACUCUUCCUUUUUUCAUAAUUCUUUGAAAGUCAGAAUAUCUAAGAACAAUAUUUUAGCUUUAUAUAAUAAUGUUAAUGAGAAAUUAGAGGAGGAUCAAGAUAUAGCUAAAGAGUUUGUUGAUUUCUAUAUUAACCUCUUUGGAGAAAAGAAUGGUGUUACUUCUGUGGAUCCCUUUAUUGAUAUUAAUUUUGGUGCUUGUAUUCAACAGGAUGAUGUAGAAUAUUUAGUUAAACAACUUACUAGGGAGGAGAUUGUGGAGGCUUUGGAUACUAUUGGUUCCAGUAAAUCCCCUGGACCAUAUGGGCUCUCAGGUCAUUUUUUCAAAGCUUGCUGGAGUAUUGUGGGAGAUGAUUUUGUAUCGGCUGUGAAGAAUUUCUUUGAUAAGUCGAAACUGUUAAAAGAAGUCAAUAGUACUUUCAUAACUUUGGUGGCUAAGAAAGAGAAUCCUACUAUAGUUACUAACUUCAGACCUAUUUCUUGCUGCAAUGUAGUGUACAAGUGCAUUACUAAAAUUCUCUCUCUUAGAAUGAAAAAGGUGUUAAGUGGUCUUAUUAGUUCUAACCAGUCUGAUUUUAUUUAUGGAAGGGCUAUUCAAGACAAUAUCAUGGUGGCUCAUGAAAUUGUGAGAAACUAUGAUAGGAAAAGGGGAUCACCUAGAUGUGCUUUGAAGAUAGACUUGAAGAAGGCUUAUGACACUGUUAGCUGGGAUGCCAUUUUUUAUGUGUUAAAGAAUAUGGGUUUUCCUGAUGAUUUUAUAGAGUAG